UCAUGAGUUUCAAGAGGAAAAUGACAAACCUGCACUCACCCUGAAAGUCAGUGAAAGGUUCAGUAUCUCAUCAGAGGUAAAGCAGUUCAUGUUGGUCAGCUUUGCUGAUACAGGAGCCAAAGUAUGACAGCCAUAACACGGCAUCUUGUUGACCACCUUCUGACGUUCUCGCUCCAGGAUGGAGAGGUCCGGAGUGUAGAAGAGGCCCAGGGACGACUGUCCUUCCUGGCUGAGAAUGAUAAGCUGUGGAGUCAACGGAUGUUUCUGGAUGUUGGAAGAGAGUCCAUUCACCUGAGAGAUUUCCAGAGCCAGGAUGAGCUGGAGAACUUCACUUUCAAAGACAUCUACCGCUGCGACGCCAUUAGCACAGUCCACUUCCCAUCCCUGCUUUUAUUAGUCUGCAAAAGUGCGGAUCAGAGGAAACCAGACGUUCACUUCUUCAACUGUGAAACAGUGAGGGCAGAACAAGUGAGUCAGGACAUCACGCGUGCAGUUUCCAGUUCUUCCACCAGGAACAAGAAUCCAACCAAUCCCCUCAGGCUUUCUCAGAGUGGAGGAGUGAUGCUCGACCCCUAUGAUAUACCAAGCCCUCCCAUCCCGUAUGCACCAAAUCCCCCGCCAGCUCAGCCUCCACCUUACCCCGGACACAGAGCAAAUGGAGUGAAUGGUGGGCCAGAUAUCUCGUUCCUUCGUGCCGAGAGAGAAGUGGCGAUCCUCAACCACUGUUUCGAUGACAUUGAGGGCUUCAUGGCCAAGCUUCAGCAGACUGCAGAGGCUGCAACAGCUCUAAGCCAGAGGAAGAAGAAAAAGAAGAAAAGUAAAAAGCAAAGUGCCGAAGAGGAUGCACUCACUGAAAAGGCCCGUCCCCCACCAGACGAGGAAUUCAUUGAUAUUUUCCAGAAAUUCAAAUAUUGCUUCAGCCUUCUGGCUCGUUUGAAAUCAACCAUCUCCAGUCCUUCAUCAGAGGAGCUUGUACACCAUGUGUUUAAACCUUUGGAUAUGAUGGUAAAAACAACAGGGGGACCAGCUUUUGGAGCCUCAGUGUCCAGCCCUGCCCUGACCACCUCUGCUGUUUCCCUGCUACAAAACAACCUGAACGAGGAGGAAAGGCAGCUGUGGACGUCUUUGGGUCCAAACUGGACACUCCCCCGCUCUCAGCUCAGAGGACCUGUCGCUCCAUACACCCCUGUGUUCAACAAUGGCUGGAAACCAGAAACCCUGAGGGCUGACGGGCAGGUUUGGGAGGAUCCUGUCGAGUCACAACACAAACAUGAAGCCCUCCAAGUAAAACAAGAGCGACAGCCACCUCCACCCCUCGGUCCUCCAGACACCCACAUCGGUGAUGAAGCGGACGCGCUGCCUCCUCCAGCAGAGAGACUCUACAGCUGCAGUUAUGACUUCAUAGCCAGGAAUAGCACGGAGCUUUCAGUCCAGCAGGGCGAGACUCUAGAGGUAAUUGAAUCGUCCAAACGCUGGUGGAAGUGUCGUAAUCGCUUCAACCAGAUCGGCUUUGUGCCCUUCAACAUCCUGGAGCCCGUUGCUCACGUAGAAAGCCCCGUCACCCCCAAACCCCCCAGUGCUCCAGGUCCACCUCCCGCUCCCAAGGCAUUUCUUCCCGUCCCACCCAGCCCUCCUGCUCUGCCCGUCGCCCCCUCUCACUCCCCCCAGCGGCCUCGUAGCCUGCUUUCAUACGGCCAGGUUGUUCCCACGGCAGAGGAUUCAGAUAAAGUGAUGCUGGUGAACGAUGAGCUGCUCCAGAAGCUGACCAAUGGAAAGGCCAAUCUGAACAAACCUCUCAUCAUCCCUCGUUCCUCCGAGACCUCAGUCCCCCUGGACUACCACUCUCCCCCCGAGGAGGUGGCCGAGUGGCUCAGAGGGAAGAGCUUCAGUGAACCGACGGUUACAUGUUUGGGUGUGCUGACAGGCGCGCAACUCUUCUCCCUCAACAAGGAAGAGCUACGAGCUGUGAUUCCAGAUGAGGGCGCCAGAGUGUACAGCCAGCUCACUGUGCAGAAAGCACUGCUAGAGGAUGCCAGAAGGGCAACAGAGUUGGAGGCGGUCAUGGAGAAACAGAAAAUGAAAGUGGAUCUGAAGCUGGAGAGCAGCACUUUGUGAGAUGCAGCGUCUCCAGUAGGAAGAUGCCAGAAGGGCAACAGAGUUGGAGGCGGUCAUGGAGAAACAGAAAAUGAAAGUGGAUCUGAAGCUGGAGAGCAGCACUUUGUGAGAUGCAGCGUCUCCAGUAGGAAGUGUGUCAAAUGAAGGAUUGUGUUCUCCAGGUUCAUGCUGCCACUGAAGAGCAAACUGUUCAUUUAUUAAUUUUAUUUAUCAUAAGAACAUGUGAUAGUGUCCUGACUAUUAUUAUACCCUUGUAAAGCUUGUCAAAAACUGUUAUUGACACUAUAUCAUACAUUGUAUGCAGCAGAUAAACGUAAGCUUACGAUACAAAAUUAACAUUCAAUUUCCCAUUUUGUAAUUACGUUCAUUGUAAUGUUUUUCUUGUCAUCACCACAGACUAAUUAAAGACUAACUUAAAUGAAACCUAAUAUUUGUUGCAUACUUAUAAAUCAACCAUGAGUAGCAUUUACUUGAAAAGAGAAAAAAAAAAGUCAAGGAGACAAAAUCUUUUUUUUUUUUAAUUGAGAAUUUAAAGAAAGAUGUCCAGCAGAACAUAAACAUACGACUCCACACAUAAGGUUAAGCAGUGCAUCCAUUUAAAUCUGUUUGCAUUGAAUUCAAUUUCUAGUUACAAUUAAUCCGUCCAUAGUGGGCCAAAAUUUCAAUGCACAACCUUAGUCGUGCACAUGUGCAAUUUUAGCACAUCAUUUCCAAUCAGUUAUUGCUGAGCCUACUGCUUCACAUGCCACCACUAACUUUGAAGAUACCAUUAUGUUAAAUAAAAUGAAAAUCAAGAAUGAAACAACUUAUAAACAAUAAACUUGCCACCAAUACAACUCCAAACAAACGUUGACUUGAAACUGGCCAAACUCACAACUUUAACUACAAGAAGCAUCAAAUGAAACUUGAUUUGUUAAAAGUGGAAUUGCAAUAGAGAGAAUUUAAAACCUUCAUGGUUUCAAUUCAAAAAUUUAAUUGGAGUUUUGAGAAUUUAAGGAUUUAAAUUAUUUAUGUGGGCAGACAUUGGAGAUAUGCGUAUUACCUUAACAUAGUGAAAAGAAAAGCUUUAGAGGGAAAGAUAGAAAAAAUAAAAUCAAAUAAAAAAAAUAAAACAACUACCCGAUAGGAUGAAGCUUUUUAGGCUGUUACAAUCUGUAGGGCCAAAACAUAUUUACAGAUCUUUCUCAAAAGACAGUUGGUUCAUAAAGAAUAUGGGUCAGAUAUAUUUUAUGCUCCAGUCCAGGCUGUAAAUGCUUUACUCUAUUUCACUUUAAAAAAAAAAAAAAAAAAAAGGUAUUU